GGCGCAGCAGCAGCAGUGUCAGCAGCAGCGUCAGGACCCGGGGCUGAGGGGCGGGGCGAUCGCGCCGCUUCGUUACAUUGUAUCCGCCGGCGGCGCGAGAACAAUAGCCGCCGCCCGCCGGCCCUGGGCGCCGCGGCCCCAGCCCGCCGCGCCCCGCCCCGCGGGACCUUCAUGCGUUUCCCCUACCCCGCGCACGCACGGGGGGUGCGCGCCUGCCCCGGAACAGGACUGCCACUGUUGAGUCUGUGGGAGUAUGAAUCAGCAGCAGCAGAGAAUGGCUGCAGUUGGGACAGACAAAGAGCUCAGUGACCUGCUGGACUUCAGUAUGAUGUUUCCCCUGCCAGUGGCUAAUGGAAAAAACAGACCCACGACCCUAGCGAGCACUCAGUUUGGAGGAUCAGGUUUGGAUGAAAGACCGGGAUCAGGUUCCUGGGGGACAGGAGAUCAAAACAGCUCCACAUUUGACCAAGGAAGGCAGAGCUAUGGCGAAGGCCCCCACUACGGCGAGCACAGAGACCUGCCCUCUCACAACGGCAUAUCUUCAUCACCAUUCCUGGGAGCUGGACUAGUGGGGAAGAGCAGUGAAAGAGCCUCGUACUCCACAUUCGGAAGAGACACAGGGAUGCCUGGACUAAACCAGACUAGUUUCCUGCCCAGCGAAAUGGGAAUCGCCAGUUCAAGCACGCUUUCCCCCACCGGGGUGAAAGGGGGGUCUCAGUAUUUUUCUUACCCCAACAAUCCUCGCAGGAGAGGUGCUGAGAGCAACAUAGAUGGACAGCCCAAAAAGGUUCGGAAGGUGCCUCCUGGACUCCCCUCUUCGGUGUAUCCAUCUAACUCAGGUGACGACUACAGCAGGGAUCCAGCUGGCUAUGCUCCCUCAAAACCUCCCAGCACUGUGUAUCCUGGAGCCUUUUAUAUGGCAGAUGGGCUCCAUAACUCGCCAGACCUGUGGAGUUCACCGGGUGCCAUGAGCCAGUCGAGUUACGGUGCCAUGCUGGGCAGCCCCUCCUCCCCGCUCCCGCAGUCCAGCGGCUUCAACAGUUUACAUCAGCACGAACGCAUGAACUACCAGCUUCAUUCAGGAGAGGUUAAUGGUGGACUGCCCUCUGUCUCUGGCUUUUCCUCUGCCUCCACGCCAUACGGUGUCUCCAGUCACACCCCCCCGAUUAGCGGGACGGACAGCAUGAUGGCAGGUAACAGAGGAACCACAGCUGGGAGCUCAGGAGACGCGCUCGGGAAGGCACUAGCUUCAAUUUAUUCACCUGAUCACUCUAGCAAUAACUUCUCGUCAAACCCCUCCACACCAGUCGGCUCCCCUCAGGGGCUUGCAGGCACAUCCCAGUGGUCACGAGCGAGCGGACAGGGUGCCUUAUCUCCCAGCUACGAAGGGAGCCUCCAUGCUUUACAAAACAAAAUGGAAGACAGGUUGGACGAAGCCAUCCAUGUGCUGAGGAAUCACGCUGUGGGCCAGACGGCCGCUAUGCCGAGCAACCACGGGGACAUGCAUGGGCUCCUGGGCUCGGUGUCGGCCCACAGUGUCACCGUGGGCAGCCUGGGCCAGGCCUUCCCUGCCUCAGUCAUGUCCCUGGGGAACAGGCACCCGAGUCUGGUGGGAGGAGGUCACCCUGAAGAUGAGUUGUCCAGCAACCCCAGCAUGCUCCACAACCAUGUCACACUUCCAUCACAGCCCAGCUCACUCCCCGACCUCAACAGGCAGCAAGACACGUACAGCGGCUUGUCAGGGGCACUGGGGCGAAGCAGCAUCUCCUCAGGAACCAGCGAAAUAAAGAGGGAAGAGAAGGAGGAUGAGGAGAACACGUCAGUGGCAGAUAACUCAGAAGAGGAAAAGAAGGAGCUGAAACCCUCCCGGAACAGAACAAGGUGCUCUUUGAACAGUCAAGAUGAGGAUGAGGAGGACGAUCUUCUUCCCCCAGAGCAAAAAGCCGAGAGAGAGAGAGAAAGGAGGGUCGCCAAUAAUGCCCGUGAGCGCCUGCGGGUCCGUGACAUCAACGAGGCCUUUAAAGAGCUCGGACGCAUGUGCCAACUCCACCUAAACAGCGAAAAACCGCAGACCAAACUGCUAAUCCUACACCAGGCCGUAUCAGUCAUACUGAACCUGGAGCAACAAGUUAGAGAGCGCAAUCUGAACCCUAAAGCAGCCUGCUUGAAGCGUCGGGAAGAGGAGAAAGUGUCUGGAGUAGUAGGAGAUCCCCAGAUGACACUUUCAGCUUCACAUCCUGGUCUAGGAGAUGGUCACAACCCUGUUGGACACAUGUAAAGAUCUUUUUGUUCCUCUGGAUAGAGAGAUCUGUAGGAAGAAAACCCUCGGUGUGACGUGCAACCUUCUUGAACCAUAAACUUUAGUACUGCUAAUACUGACACACACGGACGGAUCCUGGCAUGACGUAAGGGGUGGAAAAAACACUGUCAAAAACAAAACGAAAGAAAAAAAAUUGCCUUAAGUAUAAAGUGUGGAACAGUCAAUACAUAUCACUCAGUUAGGAGGGGGCGGCGUGUUCUCUUGGCUUGUUCACAAGCAGCCAGCAGCAAAAUUGUGCCUAAGCUUGAUAUUUCUUUUUUUAAAAAAAGAACAUUAGUUAUGAGAUUUUUUUUUUAUGUAGAACAAAUAGCAAUGCCUUUUCGUUUUUCUAGCUUCUUUUGCAUAUGUUUUGUAAGCAAUGAAAACAAUUUUUUUUAUAUAUAUAUAUAAAAAAAAACUGUCUUGUACCCCACGCUUUUCUGCUGCUGUUUCUGUAGUUAACGUUGCAUCUUUAGGAUCAACCAGAAUAUUAAAAUUGUAUUAAUAGAGACUGUAUAUAAAGAGAGGAAUUCUCAGAUUCGGCUCUGAAAGCCACUAAAAGCGAAUGUAGCCACAGUGAGGGGAUGUUCUUCCUUGCCUGGCUUGUACUUUCCAUUAUAAAAAAAAACCCUCAUGUGCUGAAUUCACCAUCUCUUUGCUUUGGCCACUUCUGAUUUGGGAAAAGGAAGUUAAACAGCAAAGCAAGUUGCAGCAGCGUCCCUCAACAGUGCUCCUGGUCCUCCCAGGAGGUGACCAAGGUCCAUCAAGGGUCUCUACAAGAUUUGCUUUACUCCUGGAUGAUCCCAGAGGCCGUGGUCCUGCCUGGGAGAGGAGGUGCCCCGUGGCUGUGCCGGAGCAUCAUGAUGAGGAGGGUGAGCUGCUGGGAGAGAGCAGGCUUUGGUGGGUGGAAGAGAACUGAGGAACUGGGACACUUUCAAGGUAAGCAAAGAAGCAACGCAGAUGCAAGAGGAAGCCCAGGGUGGAGGAAAGCACCUCUUGCCCACGCGUCUGGGCAAACGCCCACUGUCAGAGGAGGUGCUUCCAGGGACAGCGCUGAACAAAGCUGGAGGAAUGGGAAGAGGCAGAGACGAUGGAGCAAAGGCAGCAGCGGGACACCGUGCUCAGUGACCUUGCAGCAGACAGUCCUGCGGACGCUAGCGGCAGGCAGCGGAGCCCAAGGUGGCAGGAAGGGGGGCAGCUACCGGCGUGUGCGCUCGCUCUAGCUCUCAGCAAGCCGCGACUGGCAGCAGGAUCUCUGUCUCGGCACAGCUUCUACCCAUGCUGGAGCCACCACCAUCAGCAGUGCAAAAUGCUGAAGGCUUGGGGAGAGGGGUUGGUUUCACACCCUGCCUUCACCUGUUGUCGUAUCUCCAAAGCAUCCUUGGAGGCAAACUCAGCUUAGCACACUGCCCGGCUUCCAUGGGGAUGCAGAGUGGCCGCUGUCGCCUGCACAUGGGCUCCUCUCUCUGUGCUGGAAAGGAGGGGAGCAGCAAGCACCCGUCCUAUGCGAGAUGCUCCAGCAAACGAGCUGGGCCAACGAUCCAAUCCCUUUGUUCCAAGGGCUUCCCAGUGUCCCUCUAGACCGCUCUGGUGUGCUCAGCGGGAGGAAGACCCCCGGCAGCCCCACCGUGUGGCAGGGUGCCCCAGAGGCGCGGGGGCAAACAAAGAGCUGCUCAGUGGUGCUUGAGAUGCAGCAGCUGUUCUGGAGUUGGCAAUAGAAAAGCGUCCAGUGGGAAUUUAUUCUUGUUUAUUCCCUCUCCUGAAGCAGUUUGCCUGGUUCUUCCCAGCUCUGCAGGCAGACGGGGUCAGCUCCCCAGGGGGAUGUUAAAUCCCAUCUCACCAGUGUCUAAUGCUCUUGGAUCUGCUGCCCAGAUCUGCCUGGCAGAGCCCAAUUGGGCAGGAUAGUUGACGGGGCAGGGGUGCUGGCCUUGGGGGGACGUGGGGACAGCGAGUACAGUAGGACCCCCAGCAGCAAGGUCCAUCUCUCCCCUCUGCUCCUCUGGCCUGUGCUCCUGGGGAAGAUGCAUUGCUUUGGCACCGGGAAAGGGGGAAGGACUGGCGAGCAGGAUUUAGUCCUGUGGCACUUCCUAGCAGCCCCAGGCUUUGGCAUAACCUGGUGCUCCUCUGUGCUCGUAGCUAUGCUUUGUCCUCCAGCAAAGCUUACUGGAAAUGCUCAGGACAUUGCUCAUCUCCCACCUACACCCAGGUACCAUGGGCUCAGCCUCUGUAUCAUCUCAGAGAGGAGCCACUUACAAGUGCCGGAGCAGUACAGGACUGUCUCUCCCUGCUGCCCCUGGCACCAGCACCAUCCUGGGACUCUGCAAGGUCCAACCAUAGCUCUGAGGCUUUCGGGUGCUCCUGGCUUUCCCUGCCCACAGCCUGCUGCUCCCACAUCGCUUCUGUGUGGUGAGACCUGAGACCACAGCAGCCUCCAGUUCUGUGCCCAGGAGGCCAGGAAAGGUCAGUGGCCAUGGUCCCUGCAGGCCAGAACAUGCGUUCUUCUCGCUUGUGUCAACAGACGUGUUUCAGCCUAAUUAGCUCGUCAGGUUAUGACACUCUUCCCUCCCUUGGGUUCUCCUGCCUGCUUAAGCACUGGGCAGUGUGAGAUGGAUGAGGUUUUCCUCAGUGUGUGACAGCCUUGCCCCUGUGGAGCAGCUCCCUUGUAGCAAAAGCCAUGUCUUCCUGAAGCCUCCUGACAGGUUGGGUUGUGCUUCAGGUGCUGGAGCACGUUCAACAUGGGGAUGGUGAAACACGCAGGGAGGGGGUAGUGCCCCUCCGUAGCCCACCAGCCGGGUCUGGACGCACAGACAACCCUGAUUUGUGCUCUCAGGUAGGAACUGGGGACUCAUUGGCUGCCCCUUCCCACAAGCAUUUCUGCCCUGUUGGCAGGAUGGUGCUGGGGUCAGCAGGGCACUUGCUUGGGGUUUUCUGCUGGCUCAGUGCUGCUGCCCCAGGAGCAGGGAGGGACAGAGCAAUGUCCCAGCCCUCACGAGCUUGAAACUGUACAAAAUAAUUAAAAAGUGCUUCCCUAACACUUUGAUAUUGCAACAAGAAUUUGAGGUGGCUGUCACAUACAACUGGAUUUAAAGAAAAGAUUGUACUCAAGAAAAAUCCAGAAAACUCAACAAAAAUUGGAAAUCUGAUAAGAUUUAUGAUUUCUUCAAAAUUCUGCUGACCUCCUUCAUCCCCUUUGAGUCCUGUCUGAUCCUCUGCAGGCCAGGGGGGCUCCUGAUGAGACAGACCCUUUCCCAUCAUCCCCAAACCACCAGGCAUUGCAACAGAGAUGGGGCUUUUCAUCUGCAUUUAGGUGGCUUAGAUGCUCUUUUCUCAACAGCAAAACCAGCUAACUUCCUUGGCAGGUCUUGGAUGAAGGUCCUUGAGCAUAAACCCCUGGUGCCAGGGUUUGGAGGAGAUCUCAGUUCCUCCAGCAGGAAAGCAUGAUGUCAGGGGCUGGUAGUGCUGCGCCUGGCAGCUGCCUCGAUGGUGCAGGGUGCUUUGUGUGCACUUGCGCUUGCUGCCUGCGCCAGCCCAGCGCAGCCUCAGCGGCAUCUCUGCUCUCCAGGUGUGUCGGGAGCAACUGCAGAAAAUUACUCUGCAGUAAGGGAAAAUUACUUUGGCUUGCCAGUGUGUUGGGCUCGGUGUGAAUAUGGUGCCUGUAACCUGCCAGGGAAAGUGGCUUUUCUAAAAACAAGCACUGUCAGGUGCUGACCCCAAAAUACCACCAGGCCAGCCCUGAAACAUCAGUCUGUUGCAAUGAAACUCUUGUCUUUAGAUGUCAUGGUCAGAGAGGGCCGGGGUCUGCACCCUCCCCAGCCCGCAGCUCUGCUGGCUUUCAACUGUGCUGUCUUAUGGAUCACUUUUCUCCCCAAACUUGCUUCUCCACCUGCCUGCGCUAGUGGUCCUGCACAGAGGGGCAUGGAUGGGUGACGUGCUGCAGGGUGACAUUUGGUUUUCUGCUUCCUCUCAGCCCUGCAUGCAUGGGUUCUCCUGGGCUGCAUGCCCCUCAGCAUUGGGGGCCACAGAGCCCCCACAAAGCUUCCUUCUUCGGAUAGGGAAUUGGGGGAGAGGCCGUCUUCCCCUGCGUGCAUUUUCUAGUUUCUCUUUUCCCCGAUGGCAGCGGCUGAGCUGUGUCACGGUCAAACAGCAACAACUGAGGUCCCUGGCGUACAGCUGCCGUGGGAUGCUUCUUGUGUGGCAGGGCCAGCCGCCGAGCUGCACUCCUCGGGUCCCUAGCCCAAGGGACCCCCUCUUUCCUCCCCCUCAACCAGCCCCCUGCCUCCCUGCAUGUUGUGCCUGAGAGCUGUGCAUGUCAUCAGGUGCUGGGGAGUGUCUGGAAUCCAGUUUAUUAACAGUAAAAAUUGCAGGUUUUUGUUCUUUCUCCCUCUUCACCUGCCUUCGCCCCAGGGCAAAACAGCUGCAGCCUCCCCGAGACUGCAUCUUUAUGGUCUUGUACCACCGGCACUCGGCAUCGACGGGAGGUGGUGGCAGUCUGCCUGCUCCUGCUCACAACCCCGUGGCCACUGCCAGCGCACCCUGGGGAGCAAAAUCCUAGCUAACCCCUGGUUUGGCAGUCGCUCCCCUGCCUGUGACUCGCCAGUCAGACCUACUCACAGCCAAGCAACUGCCUGGCUUGAGUUCAGCUCCAGCUCUUUGCCAGCAUCUCCUUGGGCUCUCUGCUCCCCUGCUUUUACAGCUUGCGCUGGUACCCUGUGGAGGUGUGUUGGCAGGACAGGACAUGGGACAUCUGGAUCCCAGUCUGUGCCCCUUCUGUCUGCACUGAGCUCCAGCCUGGGAGCAAGGGGUGCAGCAGUGCCUGAGCAGACGGUUUGCAGGAAUCAGGGCAGUCGGGUUAGCUGGGCACCCCAAGAUCCUGCAUCUGGCUGUUGGGAGCAUGUCCGUGCCAUCCCCAGGCAGUGGGGUCACUGUGCUGCCCCUUCCCUGUGUGCCACCACUCUGGGACCAGGGUCCGGCUGCUUUGCAGUUGGGGUUUUUGCCCUCUUUAGUGGAGAAAUGCAGAAGUGUGAUGUGAAACCUCCCCAGCUGUGACUUCAGUGAACAGCUUUUUCCUCUAGCCUGCGUGUCAGUGAUGAGCCGGUUUCCUAGAGGUUUUGCACUCGCUGCCCGGUAGUGAUUGAACAGGAAGGACAGAAUCAGUCUGGGGUUUCCCCAGGAGUCUGCAAUUUCAGGUUCAGUGCAGAAGCAGCUCGCAAAGGUCCUUUGUGUCUCACGCAUGUACCCACUGAAGCCAGCACAGCCUUUGGGCCCUGGGCCCUUGCUGGGUGAUUCAGCACAUCCUCCCCCUCAGCCGGUGGGGGGGGCCUUGAGAAGCAGGAGGCUUUUGAAACCCCCAAUCCCCUGCAUCCUUGAGCUUUGCUCCCAUGGGGAGGCUGCCAACCCCAGUGGCAGUGGAGCCCACGGUCCUCUUGCAGGCCCUGCUGUGUGCUGAGCUGGUGACUCUGGGCCAGUGUCACCAAGCCCCUUCCCUGGGGUUUUAGAAAAGAGCUGAGAAUGGGGAGGUGAAGCAAAGCUAGUACUGGAGUUGGGCCAGGAUGACCCAUCAGUCCCUGAAGUGCAGUGCUGGCUAACCUGGAGCAAGCUGUGGCCACUGGAUUCCCCCGUUCCUGCUUGACACCAGCAAUAGCAAGACCUGUUUUCUGUACCAGAAGCUUGCACAAGGUCUUUGCCCUCUUAAAUCCUAUGCAACCCCCUCUCCUCUCCCCCGGGGCUCUCUAGAUCCCAUCCCAGCCUGUUCUUUCUUGUCCAUGACUGCUGAGUUCCCACUCCCUGCUGCUCUCAGGGUCCAGCUUCGUUUCUAGCAGCUUCAAAAGCAUUUCAAGACCCACGCCCUGGAGCCAGGGGUGGGUAGACGAGGGGUGAGACCACAGGAACACCCCUUCCAACUCAUGCUGCCGGAGAUGAGCACUGAACUGGAGGGGGCAAGGUCUGGUCCUAGGGCUCCUUCAUGCACCCUUCACUCCUGCGCCUUCUGCUUGGUGCUUGGUGGCUCACUGCUGGUACCCUUCAUCUCGCACCAUCUCCCCCAGUACCCCUCAGUGGAGGAGCUGUGUCCCACCUCGCUGCUGCCCGUCUCUACAGGCUGCUCUGUUAAUGCCUGAGCCUUAGGCUUGACUUGGCUGGUCUUCCUUCAACCACCUCAAGUGUGAAGGUGUGUCUUCCUUUCUCCUGUGCUCCCCAAUCUCUCCAGCCAGCACCUCCGAGCGGUUUCCCUUCAUGCGCAGCCACUGUGGGUUUUUGGCAGUGGGGCAGAACCAUGCCACCAGCUUCCCGUCCGCUGGGAUGGAGGCGGGAGGGUUUGGGAGGUGGGUGCUGCAGGUCGAUCCCGUGGCACGGCUGCCUCUCCCUGCCCUGCCACCCUCAGGCGGGUGUGGGGAGACCCGGUGCUCUGUGCAGAGGUUUGAUCUUCAGGGCAAUUCACCCUUUCUGGAGAGCCGGCAGCUGCAGUGCCUUUGCCUGUGGACUCCUGUGUGAGCUGAGCGUGGAGGUGGUCUCUGGUUAGAGGGUGGUGCAGGCUGUAGGAGUCCGUUCUGCCAAAACUUCUGUGUUUGUCUUGCAUCCCGCCCUCAGGGGGCAAGAGGCAGCCCUGCCACGGGUCUCCACAUAAGUAUUUCUGUUCCUCUGCUUUUGUAUGCCUCUUGCUCCUCAGGCCUUGCAAUACCCACUCUGGUCCAGCCAAGCACCUGUCCCGUUGGAAGGAGAGUGAAUAAAAUUUGCACCAUUACAUCUUGGCACAGCAAAGCUGCGGGCACCAGUACACGAGAGCAAAGGGGUUUGUGCUUUAAAAUGGGGUGUCCUGGGUACUGAGGCCUUCUGCUGAAGAGCGUCCCUAUGCCCAGCCUCCCUGGGCUGUAUCCUGGGGAGCCACGGAGCUCCCUGUGGCAGCUCCCAUGGCCGUGAGCUGGGGACGGUGCGGUUCCCCCUUCCUGGUGCCACGUCUUCCCAAAUCACUUGAAACCCACCAGCUUUUGAGCAAACCUUGUAACACAGGGCCUCUUGGGGAGGGAAGGAGCCGUGGGAAUCUGUGCGCCCUCCUGCCAGCAGUGGUUGAUUUGCCGGGAGAGGAGAAAGAGGCACCUGGUGAAGCAGAGCAGGGAUGACCCCAACCAUGCGCUUGGACCUCGCGGGCUGCAGGAAAUGACCAGUUUUCUCUGGAGGCCUCCAGCUCGUUGGGAAAACGCAGCGUUACUGGGUUGCUCUUUCUAUAUAUUUUUGUAGGAUGGGGCAGGUGGGAGGGUGGGAGAGCAGAUGGGAGAUGCCUACGGAAGUUGUUUAUUUUUAACCCCGUAGAAAGUUUUGGGUUGUUUUUGGUUUGGGUUUUUGGCCUUUAAAAAAAAAUGGUCCUUGCUUUUGAUGUUUAUGCUGCCUACCUGUAAAUCCAGAUGUACUUAAGUGGCUGAAAUCCUUGUUCUUAAAUCAGAUACACAUUAUAGUUUUGAACUAUAUAUAUAGUAAAAAUAUAUAUAUAUGCCUAACCCAGCAAAAAAAAAAGGUAUUUGGGGGUGGGAAAAAGUGUUGUUCUUUGAAAUGAAUCACAACUGGGGGAUAAAAUUGUGUUUCUGAGUGCCUCAAGAUAUGAAUUGUUUUCAUUUUUUUAAAUAAUUUUAUACAAGUGUCAACAGCUGGCUGGAUUAUUUGGAAUUUUUUUAAUAAUCCUAACUUUUUUAAAGUAGAUUUUGAGAACUGUCCUGUAUAUAACAGUAAUGUAGCAAUAAAUGUGACAUUUUAUAACAAUA